AACUAGUUUUUUACGUCAACGUGUAUUUGUAAAAAUUACAAUAUUAUUAGCAUAACAAGUAUAUAACAUCAAUUAUACAAAUUAAAUGUGGCGCCUGUAAUUUAUUCACCGCAAGAUUGAAAAUGUUGUUUCCAUUUAUCGAUUGUAUGAGCCGGCAUUCGUUCGGCAAAGACGCGUAUCUAUAAAUAGCAUCAUGUGUCAACAUAAUUUCUCUUGCACAGUAAUUCAAGAACGUAGAAUCCUGCAAUCCUGAUCUUAAUUGUCUGAUUAAACUACGGUUUCCGUCACUUAAAUAGCGAUAUCGGGUAUCAAUAUCUUCGUUUUUGAGCAUCAAUGAUGAAACGACUUACAAUUACAUUGCUGAUUAAACUUGAAACAUAGAUUACUAACCGAUGAUGUAACCGAGGAAAAUAUCUAAAAAUAUCUCAGUAAUAUAGUGCUAGUCUAUCCACAAGCAUCGUAUAAUUAUUCAGUGUUGUAGAAUAGCACUAAUCAAUUUUUCAAGUUAGGACCAAGUUCAGAAUUGAGGUACCGAAUUUAUUCAAAGUGCGCAAGGGUUUCGAAAUCGUCCCCUUCCCCUUUCGCAGCAACGAGAUGCGAAAACUCGUAAUUCGAUCGCGGCUCGAGUUGGGAAAUAGGUCGGCAGCUGCGAAGACCGGCAGCAGCGCGUUACAUACAUUACGCAGCCACGAGAACAAUCCCUUUGUAAAACCGGCCGACUCGCUCGAGGACCCGCCGUCAACUGACUCGGAAUCCGUCGUAGCCGAUGCGGCGAGUCUCGGUUGUUCUACGGCCUGACCCACAGCUACAGCCUGUGUGUCGGGUCUCAUGACGCCUACCGCCGGAUACAGUCUGACGAUUCGUUGUCGGCUGCGCGGUUGUGAGCGGCGUACGGGCCGGUGUGUGCGUGACGUGUCGUCGCCUCCUGUUGUGCGCGGCUCGUAACCCCGGUUGUGUCUCGCGCGAGUGCUUACGAGCGAGUGCGUACGCCGGGGCGUUCGUUAAUACUGUUUCCGGCGCGCGCGGAGCCGCGCGCACAGUUUCGGUUGUGUUGUGUUGGGUGUCUCGCGCGCGCGGCGUCCGUCCGUCGCCGCUGCUGCUCUCCGUUCUCGUUCGUACACUCGUCAUCAUCAUCAUCAUCAUCAUCACUAUCAUCGUCUUCGUCGUCAUCAUCUUCGAAAUACGCAGCGUGCGCGAUUCCCGCUGCUCCGCUCCUCUCGCGGGAGGUCAGCACCUUAGCAUCGGCUGGUAGGUGGGUAUAAGUCGAGAUGUUGUGAUGGCUGGUAGGUCACGACGUUCGAGCACAGAGCUCGAACCAGAUCUAUCGACACCGUCGGCUCCGAAGAAGACAAAGCGAUCUGAAACGUCCUCCGAAAAAUUGUCCGCGGAAGAACAGCUAACGGAAGUGGAAAGUACCGAGCUCACACCAUCCACGAGUGGGAUAUCCUUACAGACGGAAGUGGUGUCCCUCGAGAAAAGGCACGAACAGAGGUCAGAUGUUACAGAACAAACAGAGACAUCGGAGCAAUCGGUACUGAUCGGCGAGGCGUCCUCGAAGUCGACCGAGCAAUUAACUCAAACGGGUCGUGAGCUCUCCGAACGACAGGGAGACACCGCGACGAUCUCGACGGAAGCGAUUCCGGGCACGUCGAAGGAGGAACCACUUGGUGCACUGAAAGCUAUUAUAAUGAAGUACAGCGAACAGGGCGAGCUCUCUGGUGGCCCUUCUCAAAAAAGGUCGGAAUGCGAGACAAAUGUACAAAAUUUCUUGCUACGCGAGCAUGGAUCGUACGAGGAUCUGUUCCUUAUCGGGAACGGCGCGUACGGCACGGUGUACAGAGCGAAAGAUAAGACCAGCGGUCAAAUAGUCGCGCUCAAGAAAGUUAGGGUACCUUUGACAGAGGAUGGUCUGCCCAUGUCCACGCUGAGAGAGAUCGCUGCUCUGAAGUCGCUCGAGCGAUACGAACACCCGCAUAUCGUCAAGUUGCUAGAUGUUUGCCAAGGAGAUUAUCUUCAUUUACCGAUGGGUGACGAACAGUCCGAAAGGCCGGAUCGCGGUCUCACUCUCUGGCUGGUGUUCGAACACGUGGAGAGAGAUCUCGCCUCCUUCGUGGCGAACUACCGAAAUAGUUCCCCGCGACCGAGCAUCCCUUCGCAUCUCGUGAGGCAAAUGUCGAUGGACAUACUCUGCGGCGUCGAGUUCCUGCACAGCCAUAGAAUAAUACACAGAGACUUGAAGCCGCAGAAUCUUUUGGUGACGAAGGAAGGGAGGAUAAAGAUUGCGGAUUUUGGUUUGGCCAAGACCUACGAUUUCGAGAUGAGAUUAACAUCCGUGGUUGUAACGCAAUGGUAUCGAGCACCCGAAGUACUUUUAGGAUGUUCCUACGCUACUCCUGUAGAUAUUUGGUCUGUCGGAUGCAUAGUCGCAGAACUUUGCAAGUUGGAACCAUUAUUCCCAGGCACCAGUGAAGGUGAUCAGCUGGACAGGAUUUUCCAAGUUCUAGGUACUCCAUCGCAGCAGGCCUGGCCGGAGAAUGUAUCGCUAAGUUGGACAGCUUUUCCACGUAGACAACCGAAACCUCUUGGUGCAAUAAUACCAGAUCUCAGUGAACAUGGACUGGAUUUACUAAAGAAUAUGCUCAUGUUUGAUCCUCAUAGUCGUAUAACUGCAGCUCAAGCCGUAAGACACCGAUACUUUUCUGAAGAGAAUAUAUAACAAUUGUUCCGUAAGUUGUUUAGCUAUAUUUACUACUAAAUUAACUAGCAAACUCAGACUGACGUAACUGUAUUCAGGAAUAAAACUAUGCACGUUUAAGGAUAUAAUAAGUAUGUAAAAUAUGAUUAUUCACUACUAAAUAUAGGAUUAUCUAAUACUACGAUAAUAAUACGUCUGUUGCUAAGUAUCUAAUCCAAGUAUUAAGAAUCACUUUUGUGCCUUAAAUAUUACAUGUUAAAUGUUAUAAUAUUACAAAUUUAAUUAGUUAAAAUUACCAUUUAGUUUUAUAUGAAAUUAAUUAGUAGAUAGUCAUUAUAAAUAUUCUUUGCACUAUUUUUAUAUAGUUAGCGUUGUAUGAUUAAGUUAUUAACAGUAAACAUAACAAUCUAACAAUUUUGCGAAAUAAACUCGUAUUUAAUUUAUCUUAUACAUACCUUAUGUACAAUAUGACAAGGAAACAAUUAUUAUUAUUUUUGAUAUGUUAUUUAUUUACGUAACAAUGUAAUUUUUCAUACUUCAGUCAAUUGUCUUUUUAGAAUAAUGUUAAGAAUUUCACUUAUUAAUUUUUUUUAUUUUACUUCAUUGUUUAGAUGUUAAUAGUUUAGUUAUAGCAGUACAGUACAUUUAUGUUAUUUAUGUAAGUUGAAUAAGAUACAUAUAAUUGCGGCAAAAUCCUAUUAGAAAUACAAAAGUGAAUGUGUUUUGUAUGUGUGUAUGUGUUUGUAUAACUUAGAUGCAUAACUUUGCUUUGACUCAAAAUUAAUGCGUUGUAAAACUAAUAUAAGAUAAUAUUUACGUAUAUAAUUUAUAAAUAGAAUUAUUUUCUAAGACUGUGGGUCUUUGUGACCUGUUAGAAACAUGGGAAAGAUUUAGGAUCUUCCAGAAAAAAACCAGAAAGCACACUGCCAUAUCUUGUAUGUAUCAUAAGCAAUUUGCAAUCACUAUUAUCAUAUUUUCAUUAGUGUACGAUAGCGACGAUGUAUAGAGCAAUAAGUGACAAUAUUUAUAUUAAUACAUUUAAGGUAUGUUACUAUAUUAAGGUAUCGAAAGUAGAAAAGCGCAUUAUUAAGAAGACUGUAUUAUAAAAUAAAAAUUUUAUAGUUUUAUAUGCAACACCA